AUGUCGGCAAGACCGCAACAGGGCGGCCGCCCCGGAGGCUCCAGGUUCGCGCAGUUCAAACUGGUGCUGCUAGGCGAAUCUGCCGUCGGAAAGUCUUCGCUGGUACUGCGCUUCGUGAAGGAUCAAUUUGACGACUACCGAGAGUCCACCAUCGGCGCCGCAUUCCUCACCCAGACCAUCGCCCUCGACGAGUCCACCACAGUCAAAUUUGAGAUCUGGGAUACGGCUGGUCAGGAGCGCUACAAGUCGCUCGCGCCCAUGUACUACAGGAACGCCAACUGUGCCGUUGUAGUAUACGAUAUCACACAGGCUUCUUCGCUCGAUAAGGCGAAAGCUUGGGUAAAGGAGCUCCAACGCCAAGCGAACGAGAACAUCAUCAUCGCCCUUGCCGGUAACAAGCUUGAUCUUGUUACCGAAUCGCCUGAUAAGCGGGCCAUCCCCGCUGCCGACGCAGAACAGUACGCCCGCGAAGCCGGCCUCCUCUUCUUCGAGACCUCCGCAAAAACUAGCGAAAACGUGCGGGAACUGUUCACUGCCAUUGCUAAGAAGCUCCCCCUGGAUCAGGGUGGUCCACGGAACCUCCGCCCGGGUCAGGGACGACAGAGUGUAAAUCUCGGGCGAGACCAGACGCAAACGCAAGGACCCGCAGGCUGCAAUUGUUAG